AUGAAGACGGAAGAUACAAACGCAUCGAGCCCCAUGCUAGCUGACCCCAUACUGUUAGAAAAGAUCGACAAACUUUUUGCCUGCAAUGUGGGGAAGUAUGUUAGUCUCCCCCAUCUUGUGGUUGUCGGGGACCAGUCCAGUGGGAAAAGUUCUGUCCUCGAAGGCUUGACCAAAUUGAGCUUCCCUCGUGAUAGUGGUCUCUGCACUCGGUUUGCGACUCAGAUCAUCUUCCGAAGAAAUGCCAGUCUAGACGAUCGGGUUAUCUCUGCAUCUAUAAUCCCGGAACCUGGUAUUGACUCGCAACAAAAACAAAAACUGAGGUCAUGGAAGGCAGAGGGAGUUCAAACCCUUUCAAAAGAUGGAUUUUCCGGAAUGAUGAAAGAGGUUCAUCACGUUAUGGAUCUCUCCACCUCCAUCGACGAUGGAAAGGCAACAUUUUCAAGGAACAUUCUUUGCCUUGAGAUCUGUGGACCUCAAGAAAAUCAUCUAAGUGUUAUUGAUGUUCCUGGAAUUUUCAAAAACACCACAUCCGGCCGUACCACGAAGAGCGAUAUUGACCUUGUGCGAAACAUGGUGGACCAGUAUAUGCGAAACCCUCGAUCCAUAAUGCUCACUGUCGUUCCAGCGAAUGUCGACAUUGCUACCCAGGAAAUAAUCGAGAUGGCUCGCGAGGUCGAUUCAACUGGAGACCGAACCUUAAGAAUCCUCACAAAGCCCGAUCUUGUUGACAAGGGGGCUGAGAGUAAGAUCGUCGCUCUUAUCGAGGAGGGAAAUUCGCAAGGGCAACUUGGAUGGGUUCUUGUUCGCAACCUGGGGCAAAAACAACUUGAUGAUGGCAUAGUUGACCGAGACAACGAAGAGGAGCUAUUCCACCGACAAGUGCCAUGGAACCAUGUUUCGAAUGAGAAUUAUGGCAUCAGGUCCUUGAGAACUCGUCUUCGGGAUAUUCUCACCUCAACGGUUCGCCGAGUCUUCCCUGACGUACGCUCUGAGGUAUCCAAAAGGCUCAAGGAGUCGAGGGAUGCCCUGAGGCUUCUUGGAUUUGAAAGGGAAACACCGGAACAGCAAAGAAGAUUGCUCAUUGACAUCGUCUCGGAGUUUCAAAAGGUCACACAGCAUGCGCUUUGCACGAACUACGGUGCCUAUGACAUCUUUGAUAAGCAAGAGGCAAGGCUUGCGACGUUAAUCGCAAAUAGGAACGCCCAAUUUUCCUAUGACAUGUCAGAUUUCGGGCAUGAAUAUGCAUUCAAAACGGAGUGCCCAGCUCUGGCUCAAGGCGAAUCUCCAGCUCCGAUCGCAGAGGAAAAUUCUCCAAAUCACAGUGACAGUUCUGAUAUCAAAGAGAGCAACAGUCCAGGACUUAUGGAAAGCCGCAAAUUUCCCGACUUGGAACAGCUAAAUGAACUCCUGUGUGAGAACUCGGAGAUCGAAUGUCCUUCAACUUCGGGCAUUGAAAGUUGGAUUGAAACCAUCCAUCACGGUGCAAAAGGAUUUGAGAUUGGCACUUUCAACCAUACGCUUCUUACCACCCUCAUGAAGCGUCAAAGCAGCAAAUGGCCAAUGAUAGCCAACGGAUACAUCAGUGAUAUCAUUAUUAUUAUUCACAAUUUCAUAGAAACAGUCCUUGGAGCUGUCUCAGUAGACAAGCACAUCCCGUCGAAUAUCAUGUCACUGUUAAUGGACGACCUCAUGAGCAAGUAUCGGGAGUCAAUCUCACAAGUCAAUUUCCUGUUGAAGAUUGAGCGUGAGGGAACGCCAAUGACUCAAAACAGCUACCUCAGCGACAGUCUCCAACAGUGUCGACAGGACCGUGUCCAGUCUAACCUGGCCUCCCUGUCCACUCAUUCGAAAUGGGGAAUGAUUGUUCGACUAACGGAUCUUACCGCAAAAAGCCCCCAAAGUAAUGACAGAAAAACUGCCCAAGACAUCCAUGACAUUUUGCAAUCAUACUACACGGUGGCUUGGAGAAGGUUCGUGGACUGUGUUUGCAUGCAAGCAGCGGACUACCGCCUGGUGACCGGACCUGAGGCUCCCAUGAGCCUGUUUUCUGCUUUGUGGGUUGAUGGUCUCUCCACUGAGGAGCUCGAAGAAAUUGCUGGCGAAGACAUGAAGAUCCGGCGCAAGCGCAGGCAGCUACAGGCGGAGAUUGAAGGGUUGGAGGCUGGAAGGAAAGUGCUUUCUCGUGGAUGA